CAACAGGGAAAAGGUUGAAAAAUGUCAUCAGAGGAAGUGUCAUGAGUAAUUUGCAGCAGUCUCACCAUCAAACCGGUGUGGAGGUGGACGCCUCCACCUUCACGCCUCCACUUCAGCCUUGUAAACUGCAAUCUGGUCUUCAGGGAAUUCCAUGUGGAAGACCACUCUGGAAUAUAGAAAUGAACUGCGGUCUGGUUCUCCCAGCUUGCACGCGGUUUGAUUGGCUAGCGCUUGAACUGUCAGAUUUGCAUAAACGGAUCUGAUUGGCUGUCGCUUCCAGCUCAGCCUCACAAGUUGAACAUUGUUCAACUUUGGAAUCCUGAACAUCCUGGAAAUCCUGGAAAUCUUCGCCUCGCCCCCCCACAAUGCAGUUCGGCGACAAGCGAGGGAAAGUGACGUCAUCCCCAUUCAAAGUCAAUGGGCGGAGACGCGCUGGAAGCGGUGGACAAAUCGCCAAAAGCUGCUGUGUGUACGGGCCGUCAGACUUGCCUGUAAAAUAUUUUUUCUUCACUGGUAGAAACUAGAUCAAAUAAUGAAAAAUGGAAAAAUACUUGUCUACCAGUACUUAACCGAUCCCCAACAAGAGCUGUGACGGCCCCAGAGCCUGGGGCCUGUGAGUGUGUGUGAAUGUUGCAGGUCCUGCGAUGGGGUGGAGCUGAAGGAGGCCAAUCGGCGUGAUCGGGGACACCUGGCCGGAGGUGCUACUUAAGCCCAGCUGCCCGGAGUCACAGGGCCGUCUUGACUCUCUCCAAGCCUGCUGCGGAGGAACUGACUGUGAUCCUUUCCCCUCGUCCACACUCUGCUGUUUUUUGGUGUUUCCGAAUAAAGUGCGGAGAUUGUUGGAAACUUUGAGCGUCUCUCCUGGUUUUUCUGUUGUGGCCAACGAGCCGAUCAUAACAACUGGGGGCUCGUCUAUCGUGAGUAUGAACCGGGAGUUGGUUGGAUUGUUUUGGCGUUAGCUGUGCCUGAAUUAGCCUGUGUUCGUGGCUAGUUGGUAGCCUGAGUUUUUUUGAGGGGAUUCCCUCUGAGGACAGUAUGUAUGUGGCCUUAUAUGGUGUUGUGGAUGCACUCUACGGGUGCCUAGGCGUUAUUUUGGAACGCGUAUGGUCCCAGGUUUGUGGGAUUUUAUGAGAUGUAUUUUUGUCCGAUAGCGGUGAUCUGGUCUCUUAAAUAGUCGCUGAAAAAUAGGAGGUAGUGGUCCCGCCUGUGUAUACAAUACCUGUAGGAGUGUUUCCCCUGGUAGGUUCAAGAGGCGUUUCCCCUUUGGGUUUCGUCUGGGGGGGGCUUUGAUAGUGUUGAGGUACGGCGGUUAGAGCUUCACUUUCCCUUUUCCCUAAACUUGCUCGGGAGCACUUCCGUGGUUCAGGGGGGUUGCCGAUUACCUGGUCGCCUCUCUCGGUCCAGCGGGCUUUAAGUGCAUAAAUACCCGCCUCAUGAAGACUAGGGGAGGAGUUAUGUAGUAAGUUUGUGAUUAGGAAGUCAGCUAGCGGGGCUGCUCAUUCCUACUGUGUGCACAGGUGGGUUAAGAAAUUGCAUUUCCUCUGUGUAAAUAGCUAUUAUUGGGUAAUAUGGAGGAUAUUGUGGGGGCGUUUGUGGCUGCACCUUCUGAAGGUUUGUUGGAUCAGUGCACCAAGGAUCAAUUGGUGAACAUAGCUCAGUAUUAUGGGUUUGAAGUUGGCGAUAAAAGAGUGAAAGAGUCGGUGAAAGCGAAUUUGAGGGCUUGUUUGUUGAAAAGCAAAGUGUUUGAUACUCCUGUCCCCGGGCGCACAAAAGAAAUGGCGGGUCAAAGUGCGGUUUUGAGUUUCGAGCAUCAGAAGGAGUUACUCAGAUUACGCUUAGAGUUGGAGACGGAAAAGGAGUUGGCCUUGGAGAAGAUGCAACAGGGCAUUGAGCUGGAAAGAGCGGUGUCCUUGGAGAAAUUGAGGCAGGAAACUGAGCAGGCUAAGUUGGAGUUUCAGAGGGAGAAACUGGAAUUAAUUAGAGAGGGCAAAGUAGCGGCUGAUGUCCUGUUUCCUGAUUAUUCAGCUAGUCAAAGCGGGGCCCCAGGGAGGUCAGUGGACGACUUAAAUGAUGCGAAGUUGGUUCCCAGGUUUAAUGAGAAGGAUCCGGAUUUUUUUUUCUCAAUGUUUUAUCGUCUCGCAGGUGUAAGGGGGUGGUCUGAGGUCACUCGCGUGUUGUUGUUACAGUGUGUGUUAACCGGGAGGGCUCAGGAGGCUUAUUCAUCUUUAAGUGGCAGUGACUAUUUGCGCUAUGAUUUAGUUAAAUCUGCCGUUCUCAGGGCUUACGAGCUGGUGCCUGAAGCUUAUCGUCAGCGGUUUAGGAAUUGGAAGAGAGGUGAUAAAUCUCACCUUGAAUUUGCUCGGGAUAUUUCCACUCAUUUCGAUCGCUGGUGUGCGGCAACCGACGUUGAUUCUCACAGGGCGUUGAGGGAUCUCGUUAUUUUGGAGCAAUUAAAAAAUUCUGUACCGGAGCACAUUGCAGUGUACAUCAGUGAGCAUGCAGUCAGGACAGCUGCUGAAGCUGCUGCGUUAGCAGAUGUCUAUGUUCUGACACACGUUGGUGGAGAUGCUGCCAUACAAGGCAGUCACGGUGGAAAUUCCUCGGGUAUGGGAGCGUGGUCUGGUCGUCCAGUGAGACCUGCUGGGCAAGACAGUGGGUAUGUACGUGGGGCACGUGAGCCUGACAAUGUGUGUCAUUACUGUCAUGAGCGAGGGCACUGGAGAAAAGACUGCAAUGCAUUUAGGGCUAAAGCUGAACAGGAAGGGACUAGUGGUAGUCCCAGGCCAGCAAUGUUCGUGGCACCUGUCGCUGAGCAGGUGACUGGGUGUUUAGACGGUGAGUUGAAACCACAGGGGUCUAGCCCAGAACUACAGUCUUAUUUGCCUUUCAUGACUGAAGGUUUUGUUUCUCUGGUGGGGAACGAUGAGAAGGUGCGGGUACAAAUAUUACGAGACACUGGAUCAUUUGAUUCGUUAAUUUUAGCGUCUGCUUUGCCGUUUUCAGAGGACACGCACAUGGGGUUGUUUGUUCCGGUGCUGAGAAUGGGGUUGAAUGUUAUGCAGGUCCCCCUCCAUAAAAUGAUGCUGUUUUUGGAUCUGUUUCAGGGUGAAGUAGCGGUUGGCGUGCGGCCGGCUCUGCCCAUAAAAGGGGUCACGAUGAUCCUGGGUAACGACAUUGCGGGUAGUCGGGUGUGGGCUGAUGGGGCACCGCCUGCUAUCGUGGCGCCAGUGCCGCUGGUUAGUAUUAAGCCAGACAAGAGCGAAACGGAGUACCCUGACGUGUUUACAGCAUGCGCCGUGACACGGGCUAUGAGACGUGAGCAGGCGGGGAACAUGAGCUUAGCUAAAAUCAAUGAUGCCUCACCGCAGCAUGAGGUGACGUGUCUCGAGAUUCCCUGGUCGGUUUCUCACGGUGAGCUGGUGGAGGCACAGUGUGCUGAUGCGUCUCUAAAAGGUCUGAGGGAGGGUGUUCUUCCUGGUGUGGGGGUGAAGGGUCGUGCUCACGCGUGUUCGCUUCGGGAGAAUGUUCGGAUGGGAUACUGGGUACCUCAGUGGGAGCAUUUUGCUGGUGAACCUCUUUACCAAGUUGGGGUACAUUCCAGGUUCCGUGACAUGGCGGAAAAAACAAACAAACACGUAACACACUAGUUAGCUGAACUAGUCGUGGAUUAGUAGCUCAAUACUGUGUUAGGGUGUUUAGGUAGCCGAUCCCUUCCAGUGUUUGUCAGGGUCUUUCUUCUCAUUUGUGUAGGUGACAUAAGAGUGUUUGAUUUGGGGUGCCAGGGUUCCGAUGGGGACCCUGACUUUAUGGGGGGGGCUGUGACGGCCCCAGAGCCUGGGGCGGCCCCAGAGCCUGGGGCCUGUGAGUGUGUGUGAAUGUUGCAGGUCCUGCGAUGGGGUGGAGCUGAAGGAGGCCAAUCAGCGUGAUCGGGGACACCUGGUCGGAGGUGCUACUUAAGCCCAGCUGCCCGGAGUCACAGGGCCGUCUUGACUCUCUCCAAGCCUGCUGCGGAGGAACUGACUGUGAUCCUUUCCCCUCGUCCACACUCUGCUGUUUUUUGGUGUUUCCGAAUAAAGUGCGGAGAUUGUUGGAAACUU